AUGCCCUACAUCACGGUCAACAAGCACCGCCUCAACUACUUCGACACCCAAGAUGCCCAUCCAGACCAUGGAAAAGGAAGGCCACCGGUAAUCAUGAUUCACGGUCUUGGCUCUUCCCAGAACUACUACAUGUCCGUCAUCCCAGAAGUGACUGACAAUCGAUGCAUUGCAAUGGACACCUACGGCGCCGCCCGCUCGAAAUCCAACGGCGAGAGACUGACCAUGGAAGGACUUGGGGAAGAUGUGGUGGGUCUUAUGGAUGAACUUGGUAUCUCUAAGGCUAUCAUUGCGGGUCAUUCCAUGGGCGGUACCAUGGCGUGCACAAUCGCAGCUGCCCAUCCCGAGCGAGUGGCGGGCAUUGUUUGCAUUGGGCCUGUCAAUCCCCGCACAGUCAAGCCGGAGGCAUUUACUCAACGGAUAGACAUGGUAAUGAAAGAUGGCAUGGAGUCUUUGGCCAAUGCGAUCCCCACUUCGGCGACAAAUGCCAAAAGCACCGCCCUGCAGAAAUCCAUCAUCCGCGAGCUCAUCAUCGGCCAAGAUCCCAAAUCGUACGCUUCACAUUGCCAGGUCAUCGUCGAUGCAAAGGAGCCCGACUUCUCCUCCAUCCGCAUUCCCACUUUGAUCCUCGCAGGCGACGAGGACAAAUCGGCGCCGAUGGAAGGGUGCGAGUUCAUUCACAAGAAUCUCGGCAGCUCGCGAAAGGAGCUCAGGGUGAUGAAGCAAGUUGGUCACUGGCAUUGUAUCGAGGCGGGUGAAGAAGUAGGCCGAGCCAUCGCCGGCUUCUGUUCCUCUCUGUAG